GUGACAUCAUUCAGCCUGAAGCAGCAGGUGUGAGGAGAAUGGAACAGUCUCUGUCCGUGCUCAUAGUUCUGGUCCUGGUGUGGUCCUGCAGAGGCUGGGAGGCUCCAGACUUCUGUCAUCAGCAACAAUGUCCUCAGUACCAGGUGGUUGGUUCACAUCAGGGUUUUGAGGAGCGUCUGUAUGUUGCCACUGACUGGAUCACCACCAAGGUAGACAGCCCUGAGGACAGUGACGUGAUGGCUGCUUACUCCAGACUGAAACAUUUCUGCCAGAGACAGAAGGAAGCCGGUACGUCAGGGUCCAGAACCAGUUUCACUUUGCAGUGGUUUGGUGAUGCUAAUAGGUAAUGAGAUCCCCACUAACACCUGGCCGGCACUGAUCACUGUCUCAGAGGGUGAGAACGGUCCUGAUCUGUCAAUGUCCUGGUUUGUUCCGCCGGGUACGACAAAGCCUGAAAACACUGAUCCAUCAGUCACAGUGCAGAGUAGACCUGAGGCCACCGUCUACGUCAGGAUAUUUGCAGGAACUCCAAGUAUCAGCAGCGGUGAAACCAACGCGAAGAUGCUCCAAGAAGCUUUGGACAAAGCUGGGAAAACCUUUGAUCCCCACACUUACACUGGAGCUGGCUAUGACUCCUAUUUAUCUAUUACUCACCACAAUGAGAUCUGGAUCUACCCUGCCUGACGACAGCACACAUCACCACCUGAACCAGUUCAUCAUAUGAUCACUGUUUUUUUCUGUAUCCUCUGAAGCAAGUUCCACUGUUUUAUUAGAAAGUUUGAAUUAGUUCAACUUUUACUUCUAAGAAAUGUGAGAAGUUCUACAUGUGUAGAUAUGUGAAGCUUUGUAUUCAACAAAUCUUUAAAAUGAAAAAUAAGCUUGAAUUUCUAUAAAAUCUCACUUUAAGAAGAGUGUGUCACUGUGUUUUCUCUGAAUCCUGUUUUAUUAAAAAGUUAAAUGUAGCUGGCAAACUCUGUAUUCUACGACAGUGUUGAUGAAAUGAAGGCUGGGACAUCACUGUCACUGAUGUGUGGCCAGCAGUCAGACAUGGUUUGAUUCCACUGUUGUGUGAUAGAAACCGGUUGCAGGAAUGUUGUGGUUUUUACCAGCAGACACUUUUUACUUUGGUGAUGAUUCAUGUCUCACAGAAAUGCCACGACUGUUUUCUUGACUGGUUAGACUGGUUUGUGCAAAAGAAUUCAGCAAUCUCACAGCGAGCAUGUUUCAGCUGUUCUGUUUACCUAGCUACGACUAUGCACCUGAUACAUGGCUGUAUUGCUGUACAGCUGCCACACUGUCAUUAUUGGUGUCCUAACACAGUAUUUCAGAGGGAAGUUCAUCUCAGAAAUCUUAUUUGUGAAUUUUUAUUUCAGUUACUGGAUCUUAUUGUGAGAGUAUAAAGUUAUAGACAUAUAUGUCAUGGUUUGCUAUGGCAGACACUUUUUGUUAGUUUUGUUUUGGAGUUUUUGCACUUCCCGUUUUAUUUUGUAAUUGGUUUCCUUGUGUAUCUCAGUGUUUUUGCUUCCUGUCUUGGGCCUGUGUCUGUGGUGAUUGUCUGCCCCGCCCUAAUGUGUUUACCUGUGUUCAAUUACCCUUGCCCCCCUUGUCUAUAUAGUCCUUGUGCUUCCCUUUGUCUGUGUCGGUUCGUCUGUUUAGUUCUGGGUUUGUUCACGUCCUGUUGUUCUCUGGGUAUGUCCUCGAUCUGUUCAUGUCUGUGGUUAAUAAACCUGUCUGCACUGUUCCCCAAGUUUUGGCUGCAUUUGGGUCCUACUUACCCCUCAAACUUGUGACAGAACGAACCGACCAGAAAUGUACCCAGCAAUCUACGCCAGCCUCAUGGCCUUUCUGAGGGUGCAUCCAUCCUGUCAGCAAGUGCCCUCGUCGGGCAUCAGGUCUCUGUUCACACUGGCUGACUCCUUCUCAGACUCUGAUCUGGAGGACUCUGACCUGGAGGACCCUGACGAGUCCCCUUUCAGUGGAACUCGCCUUGCUAUUUUCAGGGGAUCUCGUGGAGGCCAUAGUAGGCGAGAUAAUCAUGGCUCCCGUUGCCAUGGGGAGACUCGGCCUCGGCACCAGCCCCAGGUUCCUCGCUUCCGGCCCAGGCCAAAGUCCAAGGUCCCCCGCUUCCAGCCCAAGCCCCAGCUAACCCAGUGUCCAGAGCCUCUACUCCCCUGUGGGCAGGAGCCUUCGCCUACUACCCUGGCUGACGCAUCAGCUGUUCCAGCGUUGGGGGUUCCAGUUGGCGUUUCGUCGGCUCCUGCCCCACUUCCCGGGUCGACCAUCCCGGCCUUUGCAUCAGCUGUCUCAGCGUCGGGGGUCCCGGUCGAUUCCUCCAUGGUUCCUGAAUUGAGUGGGCUGGACAAAGUCUCCCCUGCUCCUCGUGUCCAGUCGGCGGUCCAGCUGACUCCUACCUCUGGUUCCCGGUCAGUGGUCCCGCCGAUCCCUGCUCCUCGUUCCCUAUCGUCGGUCCGGCCGAAUCCUGUCCUGUCGGCGGUCCAGCUGGCUCCAGGUUCUUGUUCCCUGCCGGCAGUCCGGCCAAAUCCUGUCCCUCCUGUGGUGUCGGCGGCCGUUGCUCCGUGUUCUCCAGCGGCAUCGACGAUUGUUCCUGUCCCUCCUGUGGUGUCGGCGGCCGCUGCUCCGUGUUCCCCGGCGGCGUCGAUGACUGUUCCCGUCUUUCCUGUGGUGUCUACGGCCGCUGCUCCAUGUUCCCCAGCGGCGUCGAUGACUGUUCCCAUUUUUCCUGUGGUGUCUACGGCCGCUGCUUCAUGCUCUCCAGCGGCGUCGACGAUGGCUACUGGUGUGACGUCACCACCUCUCCUAGUUCCUGAUGUGACGUCACCGCCUCUCCUGGUUCCUGAUGUGACGUCACCUCCACUCGUGGUUCCUGCCGGGGCGCCGCCUCCGGUGGUCCCUGACUCUGUGCCGCCUCCGGUGGGCCUUGACUCUGUGCCGCCUCCAGGGUUCCCUGACUUUGUGCCACCUCCGGUGGUCCCUGACUCUGUGCCGCCUCCUGUGGUCCGGCCGAUCUAUGUUCCUCGUGUCCUGACGGUGGUCCAGCUGACUACUGCCCCUAGUACCAGGUCGGAUCCUGCUUGCCCUCCAGAGGGGCGUCGCCGUACUCCUGUUCGCCCUCCAGAGGGGCGACGCCAUCAUCCGGAGAGACCUCCGGAGAGACCCCGUCUUCGCCACCGUCCUCCUGCUCGCCCUCCAGAGGGGCGACGCCAUCCUCCGGCUCGACCUCCCGAGAAACCCCGUCUUGUGCCUGUUUUUUGAAGUUCUUUUUGUUAAUUAA